CAUUGAUUUACACCCGUGUGCAAAGUUGCUAUGUUUUCUAGUGUUGGUGUGGGUAAAGAGAGAGUCGAGCGCGAGCUUCUUUUUUGACAGUCAAUUAUUGGUUUCAAUUAUACGAAUCUGAUCAGAAAACAACACGCGCAGUUCGUGACAAGUGAUUUCGUGUAAAUCGUGAAACAACGGCAAUGGAAGUGAAUUUAAUGUUAUGAAGGUGUUGUAAUUUUGUAUUCGGUGUGUUACAGUCCCGCACUUCUCCAGUGAUUACUUGUUAUUCCCAGUUGUUGGACUCAUCGUUGUUGUCUUAGCAGAGGGUGAUGGAAUUUUCUUAUCGCACCAGUGCCAAGGGUGGUUGGUAAUGUAUAGAUAGCGCAGCAUGAAAGAUUGUGUUGUGUGUUUAUUGUCUAAAAUUGAACCAAAUUUUGCUGCCUAUAUUGCCAAAAAGAAGUUCGUGUGCAUUAGAAAGUGAGAUCGUCUCGACGUCGAAACGAUUCCGUGGUGCAAAAUUUUCCUGAACUGAAAUGGUAAAAGCUGCACAUCGAAUAGGAGAAGAUUCGGUAAAGUUUAUUGAUUUUUGUGUCAUUCUCUUUCGUCGAAACCUGUUUCUCCGGCGGUGGCCAACACGAGCUGAGUUGAUGCUGGGUAGCUUCCUGUGCAUCGGAAUGUAGAUGUGUUGAAAAAGUGGAUCUUCGCCGCGGCAAAACUCUGCCAAACAAGAAACAAGAUACGUUUGAAGCAGACCAUCAACCAUAUGGAGAACCGCGAUCUGAUGUCUUAGAUUGAUUUGUAGUCUGAACCCCAUACACGCAGUGUAGGACAUAAGAAGAAAACUUGUAGCCCAAACCAUUAACAUCACACGCGGUGGACAUCCCCUCAUAGUUUUUGGACCAAACCGGUAGCGACCGAUCAUGAGCCAUUACGGUCGACUGGCGCUGCUCACUGAAGAAGUCUGCGGAAGAAGCAAGCGAGAGAAACGAUAACGCCUACCGGAGAAUCCUCACCAUAAAGGAAGCCUACGUAAAUUCAACCCACAAGUGAAGCACCUGUGAACCGGGUAAAGAACGCGCCGUUGACACAUCUCACCGUCAGCUGUACGCCAGCGAGUUCAAGACGUUCCUCCAGGUAGCCGCAAGAGUGCAAAGCGGAAGGCGAGUAAACAAGGGAAAGGUGAAACAAUUACCCGGCAAACAAUCUGGAAAGAAACGCUCUCGCGUCUGCUUUUAUUCAGUAUUGGAUUGGAGUUCACGCCAGGCACAGCUUUCGAUGCCGAGCGGUUUUGCAGCCCACAGAUACAAACCAAAACACGAAAAAGGUAGUCGCCGGAGAAGAAGCGAGUUGCUGGGCAUCUUAACCUCGCUUAUGUAAAAGAUCGAUGCUUUUUUCUAGUCUCUCGUUGGCGGCAUCUCCGGACCGGCGGUAGAAUUUUGAGGUUCCCCGUGCCUCAUGGAACCAGUGCGAAAGUGUUAGACGAGAAUAGUGAAGGUUGCUGCUAUCUGCGGCUGUUGAUUGACGAGAGCGCGUUCGAGCAUCGGUCCGUUGCAGGAGCGCGAGAGAAGCUUAAUCUUAUCAGAAAAAUUGCGCUGCUAGUUGAGCGCGAGAACUGGCCGAUUUCGCAAGUGUUUGACUGCGGGCGUCCGGUUGGUGCUAAUUCCGACGACGUAUGCUGGAGGAGCGAUCACCAAUCACGAAGCAAGCAUCUUGAAAUAGUUCGUGAAUGUCUUUCAGGCAAGGCCACGUGAUGAAAGACUGAAUGCUGAAGUUGGUCGGGCAGCCCCAGGAUGGAUGAACGGUUAUGUUGUUGUUUAGAUCAGCUGAGCCAGCACAACUGCGCGCGCGGUCACAGUGUAGCGCCGAAGGAUCUUCUUUGUGGCUACAAAACUAAGCGUGUUUGUACGCCUCUGACUGUGCUCAAGGUAUUAACAUAAUUUAGUGCGAAGAAAAAUAAAACGCCGCAUGUGAAGCAGCAUUAAAAAUGCUGACGCCGGUGAAAAACAAUCAGAGUGCAUGAAUGUGGCGUAUCGCGAGCGGUAGAGGACGCCCUCUGGUAUCAAACAGUGCAGCAGUGAUAGUGAUUAAUAAAACUUUCCACCAGUUGGUGAUGUUACGUGUCGGAGAAAAGUUCAGAGAUCUGCUGAAGCGAAAUUAUGCCACUCAGUGAUUUUGAGGAAGAUUACGCUAGCCACAGAUCGGGUUUAAUCGAGAACGGUGUUCAUUUUGUGACUUGUGUUUAAUGCGGACGGCCGUAUGUGCGACCCUGACCACAGCCAAACUGAAGAUGUAUUGGAUACGGUCGAAAAAAUUGAAAGAGCGGCUGGCGCUCGGUUUUGGCGCCUCGCUCGUUUUAUUCACUUUGCUGCUCGUGAUCGACCUGCAGAUGGAUCUGGGUGUAUCCAGAGGUGAAUUUAUUCCUUCCCACGCACGGAUACGUUUCGCCAGCGAGGACGAUAAGAGUGGAAUUUACAACGAGUUCCAUCGGAAAUAUCUCGCAAAAAGUAACGCAUCCGGAUCGAAGGAAUAUCUCACCACAAACCCACAUACUCGGGGACGAACGGAAACCUCCGGGGCAGGAUACCCAAGUAAACAAAUUACUACGACUCCACCGCACGAUCGUUUCAAGGAUUUGGUUGCGAUUGUGGUUGCUCCGAAAAAUCGACGGAAUCCUCAGUUUUUCGAGCGCAUCGUUGUAAAAGAGGAGUACACAGAAGACAUAAACCCAUCGUUAGCCGAAAUGCUCGAUCUUCGGAUCAGUACCAAUUCAUCAAACCUGGAGAAAUUCCAGCUCGCGAUUACCAAAAACGAGUUAUACUCAAAAGACGACAAACUCGUCGAUGCUGUGAUACAGGACAUGGUAAUGUUACCAAUCAAACACGUCGUGCAGAAGGAAGGGGGCACACAGAUCAAGCUCAUUAUCGAAUACCCCAACGAUGUGCAUGCUUUGUUCAAACCGAUGCGGUUCCCUCGGGAGCAACAAACUCUCCCGAAUCACUUUUAUUUCACCGACUAUGAGAGGCAUAACGCCGAGAUUGCAGCAUUUCAUCUCGACCGUAUAAUGGGCUUCCGCCGGGCGAUGCCAGUUGCCGGCAGACUGUUGAACAUUACAACCGAAAUCGAAAAGGUGUGCGACGAUAAUCUGUUAAAGACAUUCUUCGUGUCGCCGGCACGUAAUAAGUGUUUUCACGGCAAAUGUUCCUAUUAUUGUGAUACUUCUCAUGCCAUUUGCGGCAAUCCAGAUACGCUGGAAGGUUCGUUCGCGGCAUUCCUGCCAACGCAGCCGGACACCCAGCGGAAAGUGUGGCGCCAUCCCUGGCGCCGAUCCUACCACAAGCGAAGAAAGGCUCAGUGGGAAACCGAUCCCGAUUACUGCGCCAUGGUUCGCGACAUUCCCCCAUACGACGAGGAUCGUAGACUGUUGGACUUGAUGGACAUGUCGGUGUUCGAUUUUCUCACCGGCAAUAUGGACCGACAUCAUUACGAAACAUUCAAAAUUUUCGGAAAUGACACCUUCCCGAUUCAUCUGGACCACGGUCGUGGCUUCGGUCGACCGUUUCAUGAUGAGCUCACGAUUCUGGCACCGGUACUGCAGUGCUGCCUAAUCCGAUCCUCGACGCUGGAAACCUUGCUUUUGUUUCACAACGGUCCUAAACCGUUGUCGGGAUUAAUGCGAGAAUCGAUGGAUUCCGAUUCGAUAGCACCCGUCCUGUGGGAACCCCAUCUGGCGGCACUGGAUCGCCGGGUGGGCAUAAUCCUGCAAGCCAUCCGGGAUUGCCUCAAGAAAGCCUCGGAGGAGGAAGAAUUCGACGGGGGCCAAAAUCAUCUCGGCAAUGGUGGUGACAGCUUUUCUUAGCGUUUCAAUCGGCUCCGAAUGGAACGGAUCGACACAAUACGAAUCAAUCAAAACACUAACGGUGCAAAUCGAAUUCGCCAAAACAGAAAAUUGUACAUAAACUGAUCAAGAUGUGAGUGAGUAGCAUGUGAGCGAUUGAGCCGCGAGUGAUUGUGAAUAGCGAUCGCGAAAGAGAAAACUAUCAAACGGAAGAUAACCUGCUUCCGUUAGUGAAUGUGGCAUUAGGCGCGUUGAUUAUUAGUCUAUUACUAGAUUAUUAUCAUGAAAUGAUAGCGUUAAGAAAAAACAGCAGAUGAGAAAUUUGCCCUACAUAUACCGAUUGAAUGGUUGUAAAGUUCUGAUGUUUAUUAGAUCUAUAAAUAAAUGUGUAAAACUACACAAAUAUAUAUAUUCGAUGUGUGCGGACGGAUCCGCUGCAAUGAGAGGCCAAAGUUGUAAAUGAAUAAAUCUAUAUCAAAGGUUAUUGAUCCCAUCGUGGAAGCCUAUUUACGUUUUAAACGAUAGAUGUUCUUGUUUCUGUUAAGUUUUACCAGUUCCAAGCGCAUAUCACUUCCGUUUCCCUGAACUGCUGAAUCGGGCUUUUCUGAAGGAUAACAGAGCUCAUUAUCACGACAAAUUCUCCCGGCAGUGAUACAUAAGAAGAUAAAAUCAUCCAUCAUUAUCCUGCUGUGGCUCACCUCACUAUACACAGAAAUCCAGUCCUCUCAGAUCAGCCAACCGCAAAGAAUGACAAACAAAAAAGAUUAUAAAUCUCCCUAUAAUAGCCAGUAGAAACCAGCCAAAAAUGUUAAAGGAUAAUUAAUUAGUCAAUGUUCAAACGACCUUGCCUAAGGACGACCCAAAAUUACAAAAAUUAUAUCCGUUAAAUCAAGUAGCUCAAUACAAACAGAACCCGUUGUGCGAGGGGCAAAUCUCAAUAUUCCUCUCCAUAGCAAAUAAUGAAAACCGUUCGUACUGGCCUCAGCGAUUUGUUCUCGAAAAUGUGAUUGAUUGUGACAAAACUGAAAUAAUUAUUCGAACAGAAAUAUAUCGCGAACCGUGGAACGUUGCGAACGCUGAGAACGUUUAAAUCAAAAACGUGAAAUAUUGAGAGAGACAUUUAUAUACCCACGAUUAGUUUUAAAUAUUUUUGUUACGUGAGGAAUCCUAAGUGUGCUGCGGGUAAUGAAUGACAAUGGCAUUAGAGUGUUUGUGAUUUAAAAUGUUUUCCCCUUAUUGUCGCUUGGCUCAGCAUGGAUACGAAUUCAUAUACUAGUUUGUAUCUAUAUUUUUUACUCAGCGAAAGAUUCACAGACGAGAAAUCAGCGAAUAGCGCGCAACUUGGAGUAGCGACAAUCUCGAACAAUCGUUUUCGAUAUCUUUUAUAUGUUCGAUUUUAUUUGUUCUGUUCUAUCCUAAGGCGGUUAGUAUCCUGAUAUUAUUUAUAAUUUAUACGCACUAGAUAAUGUUGUAAAAUUGGAAACAAUAAAAACCAUAAUGUUGUAAAAUUGGAAACAAUAAAAACCAUAAUGUUUGAAAAUUAGAAAAAAGAAAA